AUGUCAUCGCGCACUUCGGGCCCGGCUGCAGCUCGUCGGCGCUCACCCCGCAUCCUCGGUAGAUCAGAGACUCCCGAAGUGCGCAAUGCCAUCAUGAAUGCCUCCACCCCAUCUCGUAGAGCACUCUCUCCCGAAGCCAUCGAGCAGCUCACGCCAUCCGCAUCCUCCCGCACUCGAAUGCACACCACCAUAGCAAAUGGAUCCACCAGCAUGAGCAUCAAGCAGGAAGACGCCAGCACCAGCUACUACGUUCGCGAGCCCUCCAACCAGCCUCGUCUGACCAGUCCACCUGUCUAUCAAUCUGCUCUGCUCCGCGGAGACCAGCGCAGCUUCAACGAUCCUCGCGAUGCAAGCGCUUCCAUGUCCAUCUUCUCCAGCGAAGGCGACCUCACCGACAGCUACCAACGAGAGGAAUCCGAAGUAGCGCGCAUGCAGAACCAACAACAGCAGCACAGACCGGCGUCUCGGAUCACUGCUGCUCGUAGAGCCUCCGGCCAACGCAGACCUCGCACCUCGGCAGACAAUCUGGCCUACAGGCCCGCAAGCGAUGAUGACGAUGACGACGAUGAUGAUGAUGAGGGUGGGUCGCCAACAAGGAGGACGAGGAAGGGCCGCAACUCGAACUCGUUUGGUGCGAUCGAUCAGGGCAGGAUCGAUAAUCUUCGUUGGAAGAACAGCACCGCGAAAUCAAAGAAGAAGAGGUGCAGAAAGGCGGUAAACGGCAUCCCUGCGGAUGCGGAUGCAAGUAUGGAGACCAACGCAGAUGAGGAUGCAGAAGCGGCGAGUGGGAAAGAGACCCGCUUUGAUGGAGCUUCCGAGUCGGAGGAUGCGGAUGACCUCGAGGAGGAGGAGGAGGACCGCCAAGGUGAACGCGGUCGGAUCCGCGCCGCCGGACGUGACAAAGAGCAUGGGUCAACCAAACAGCCCGCAUCGCGAUCCCGCGUCAGCAAACGUGGACCUCUGUCCUUCGUUGGACGCUUCUUGCUUGCCGCUGUGACCUGGCUGAUCAAGUUACCUGCCUUUUUCUGGAACCAGUUUCUUGCUCUUGGUCCCGCACUUCGAUUUGCCAUUGCGGCGCUGCUUCUUGCAGCUACUGCAGUCCACCUCCUUCGAAUCCUCGGUCUCUCUGGCGACAUUUCCGGACGUUCCCCCUCGUUCACCGAUGACGAUAUUCCCGGUGCAAACAGCAACAGUCGUGCGCUCACCCUCUCGCUGGAUCGGGAGAACCAACGACUCCGUGCUGAACUCAAUCGUCUCUCCGCCCGCUUUGACACGCUUUCGACUUCGAUCGAUGCCCAGAUUUCGAGCUCACUCUCGUCCGCAGCAGCCAAGAUCCAAGCUGACGCGGAAACACGUCAAUCGAGCGAACUCAAUCGGAUCACCGCGUCGACGAAACGUACCGUGUCCAGACUUGCGCAAGACGAACUCAAGUCGAUUCAGGACUCGGUUUCCGCAUCGGUGGAAUUGAUGCUCAGAGAUCUGGACAAGAAGAUCAACGUCCAACUCAAGCAGAGAGCGGACGAUACCGAGGGCAAAUUCUUCAGCAAACUCGAAUCCGAGGUCUCACGGAUCGCCAAGUAUGCCAACGAUGAAGUCAACGCAAGGCUGGGUCAGGCAUUUGACAAGACCUUCUUGAACUCCUUGAUCGAUGACAAGCUGGAGAAAUACUCGAGGGAUCGAACGGACAAGGUGGAUUAUGCGAGCGUCACUUCGGGAGCCUGGAUCUCGGUGGAAGGCACGGUGCAUAGAGGGUACAGGUUGAACAGUGUUUGGAACCUGGGCCAGUUUUUGGCUCAAGGCAGAAAGGUGCCGAUUGGGGAUCCUGUCAAAGCGAUCACGCCGGGAAGCGAAUUGGGCGUGGGUAACUGUUGGAUUACGGGGUGGGAUAGUUGGUUGCAGGUGGAGUUGAGGGAGACCAAGGUGGUGGAAGGGUUGGCGGUGGAACAUCCGCUGCCGGGGAUGGUGAGGAGCGCACCGAGGAGGAUGGUGGUUUGGGGUUUGGUGGAUGAUGGUGAUAGGGAGUAUGUUGCACAGUUCAGACGGUCCAAGGGGCAGACAAGCAAGGAGUAUUUGGACGCCGUGCUGCCGAAAGGGUGGAGAGAAGCAGUUCCGAAAGAGUACGAGAAGGAAGCACCGCUGAUCUUGGCAGUGGGGGCAUUCAAUGCGUCGGGCUCGACGUUGCAGGAGUUGGAGCUGACGGAGGAGGCGAGGGCCUAUCCGUACGGGGUCAAGGCGGUGAGAUGGCAGUUUGUCGAUGGUUGGAGUAAGCACCCGCCCAUCUGCGUACAUAGGGUGCGUGUGCAUGGACGCGAUUGGCCGGUGUUUGGUGCCACAGCAGAGUGA